AUUGGAGUGCAAGUGCAAAGUUAACAAAAAUAGAGUUCAUAUUUCAUUAUUCACCGAAGAUAGCGAAUUGCACAAUAUUUAUGUAUACGUUGUGAUUCAUUUCAUAAGUUUACACACAAUUUCAGCCUUAGAGUACAUUUUCUAAGAAUUAUUUACUGGAAGAAAACUUUAUUUAAAUCAUGGCAGAAGACCGAGUUAUUGUGCCUGACGAUCGAAACUUCAUGUACAAAGCAAACAGUGGUGGCAUAAGAUUCAAAAUGAGAACCACUGGCCAUUUUCCUGAACUGGCAUUGAUUGCAGCACAUGACCCAAAUCUUUGUCUUUAUAAGAUUACACUUGGACAAGAAACCAGAGUCUACAAUUUUGGUGACAAGCAAGAAGAGAAAUUCCCCAUUGGAGAUAUUCCAAAUUUUCACUAUUUUAGAGAGUAUUACAUUUCCUGGCAUAGUAAUAAAAUUAAGAUAGGUGAAGUGGGUCACAAACCAUUUGUAAACUAUGAUAGAUUAUACACAGAACCCAUUAUAGGAUUUGUAUUAUUUAGACCAGACUGCAAACAUUCAAUACCAGUGGAGUGGAUAGUUGAAUUAUCACCUGUUGAAUUAAGCAUAGUACCAACUAAAAAAUUUAGUGACAGACUUCAGUGGCUUCCUAUGGUCGAUGGGAAGUUACCUCAAAAUGCAAUGAUUGGUGGGUUUGAAAAUGAACCCACUUAUAUAGCCAGAGCUGAACAUAAUAAUUCAUUAUGUCCUGGGAAGUAUGUACCGUCAAUUGGCAAAGCAUUUGUUGCUUGGGGCGGGAGAGAAUUUGACAAACAGAAUUUUGAGAUACUAUGCGGGUAUAAUGCAAAAUGGAUUAAAACAAGAACCAAUUAUAUUCCUCAAAAUGCAUUCAUUGGAGGGCGCUCAGAAGUGCAGAAUGAACCUUUAUAUAUAGGUAGAGCGAAGAUAGAUCGCAAACUUAUACCUGGGAAGGUCCAUGUUCGCUAUAAAACAUGCUAUUUGCCAUAUGAUGGCAAAGAGGUGGAAGUAUCCUUAUAUGAAAUAUUAGUCUUACCAGAUGAUGAAAUACCACAAGGUGUAGCCUUACCUUCCUAAUAUAUGAACAUAUAAUAUUUUCAAAUUGAAAAAAACAUAACAAAAAAAGAGUUUUAAUUAUGCCUAAUAUUUACAUCCACGUUAAACUUAUUUUUACUAUUAUAAAUAUAUAUAAUUUACUACAACUUUUGGAUUAAGAUUAUGAUAAUCACAAUUUUUGGGGCAUUUUUGACUGAAACACUUUUCUUUAAAAAAAAUCUUACGGCAACGCAUUAGCAAGUCUCAGAAACCUAGGGUUAAAAAACAAAAUUUGUAAUCUAUAUUAUAAAUUCUCUGCAUAAAAGUACUCAUCAUAAUCAUCAUAAUUCAUUGAAUGAUCAUCAUUAUCAUCAUUUUCAUCCUCUGAUUCAAGCAAACUAUCAUCUAUGCAAGGUACCAGGAACUUGUUAGCACAUCUGUUUUUCUCAGGGACUACUAAGAUCUCAUAGUUUUCUACGCUGACUUCCUUUCCGUCAUAUGGUAUGUAACAGACUUUGUGUGAUGGUUGCACUUUUCCUGGGAUGAUGUGAUCAAAAUAUUUGGCCCUUCCGACAUACAGUUUCUCGUGGCCAUGGUCCUCGGAAUGACCAGCAACCACAGCUCCAAUUGGUAUAUGAUCCAGUCUACAGGGCACCCACAUACAAUUAAAUCCACAUAAAACCUGAAACAAAAGUAAAUAUUGAUAUAAUAAGCUGGUAUUUCUUCAACUUAAAAUUUUUGAGUUCUGUUAGUUUGCUUAUUCAAGAUAGUUAUAAAGUACGAACCUCAAA